UCUCUUUUAAUUUUGCGAGGAGCCGAAAUCCAAAGCCCAAAGCAAAAAGUGCUUAACAUGGAUGCCGCCGGCAAUCGAAGUUGUAAGUUACUAUUAUUUUUCUUCGCUGCCAUAAUCCCAGCCCUGCAAGGUCACAUCGGAGAAUAUGAUGAGUAUUGGAAACAACGUGAAUUGGAAGCUAAAGAAAACACCGAGCAGGCAUAUAACCCCAAUCCUGAGGAAGUUACCCAGCAUGUCAACCACCUUGUUUCCAGGUCGCUGAUGAGGCUAAAUAGCACAAGACGACAUUUGAGGGCAAGAAAAAAAGGCGGUCCCUGCGAUCCAACCAGCCCCAUUGACCAGUGCUGGCGCUGUGAUCGUAACUGGGAGAAAAACAGGCAGAGACUGGCUGAUUGCGCCAUUGGAUUCGCACGUGGUACUAUUGGUGGAAAGUACGGCAGAAUUUACGUAGUGACCGAUCCUUCAGAUGAUGAUUUGUUAAAUCCUAAACCUGGAACCCUACGUCAUGCUGUGAUUCAGAAGGAACCUCUUUGGAUCAUCUUUGCACGAGCUAUGAUCAUCACGCUAAAAGAGGAGCUCAUUAUGUCGGGUGACAAAACAAUCGACGCUAGGGGAGCCAAUGUGCAUGUGGCUUAUGGGGCUGGUAUUACUAUCCAAUAUGUGAGGAACGUUAUUAUCCAUGGCCUCCAUAUUCAUCACAUUGUUCCGGGCAAUGGCGGCAUGAUCAGGGAUUCCGUAAACCACUAUGGAUUCAGGACAAAGAGCGAUGGUGAUGGGAUUUCUCUUUUUGGAGCAACGAACGUUUGGCUUGAUCACCUUUCAAUGUAUAAGUGUAGGGAUGGUCUCAUUGAUGCCAUUCAGGGAUCAACUGCCAUAACAAUCUCCAACUGCCAUUUCACUCAUCACGACCAGGUGAUGUUGUUUGGAGCAAAUGACAAUCACAAAAUGGAUGAGAAGAUGCAGAUCACUCUUGCUUUCAACCACUUCGGUAAAGGAUUGGUACAAAGGAUGCCGAGGUGUCGAUGGGGGUUUAUUCACGUGGUCAACAAUGACUAUACUCAUUGGCUCAUGUAUGCCAUUGGAGGUAGUAGCCACCCUACCGUCAUCAGCCAAGGCAACCGAUAUAUUGCUCGACGUCACGUGGCAUCCAAGGAGGUGACCAAGAGGGACUAUGCACCACCAGAAGUAUGGAAGACGUGGAAUUGGAGAUCAGAAGGGGACCUGAUGGUGAAUGGGGCUUUUUUCUCUCAAUCCGGUGAUCCAAAAGCCAGCUCGAAAUUCAAAGGCGACACUAAGGUUUCUGCUAAGCCUGCUUAUAAGGUGGACUUACUUACAAAAGAUUCUGGAACACUUAUAUGUAUCCGUGGCCGAGCUUGCUAACAAUCAUCAAUGCACCCAAGGAAAAACAUGGUCAGGGAGUCUGUCGGAAUUAUUAUGAUAAGAAAGAAUUGCAGAGAAGAAACAAUUGAAUUGCAACAAAAUUGUCUGCAAUAGUUUUAUAUAUUUCACUCACCCGUUUUGAACAAUGAAACAUGAGUUCUUCUAACAAAGAAAA